AUGUCUGAUGACUUUGAGGCGGUGAGAAACAUCUCCGGCGACCAGGCCAAGGCAAUUCUCCUCACUCUUUGCACCAACCAUGUCAUUCGUGCCAAGGUUGCCUCUUACGCCAAGCGACUUGACCAAGAGGAAUCAAGCAAGAAGCGGAAACCCGAGUCUACCAUUGCCAUCUGUGUGCAGUGCGACCAACCGUUUUAUGAAGAGGAUAACGAUGAAACUAGCUGUGUCCAUCACGAUGGCUUGUUAGAAGUCAAUUACAAAGCUGAGGUCUGGGAGGAAAUUGACGAUGAUGGCCCGUUUGGCUAUGAGGAAGAUGUUCCAGAGGGUUUUAACUGGAACUGCUGUGGCAAAAUCGGCACCUCUGCCGGUUGUAUAAAGAGCCCGCAUCAGUCAGAUCCCGAAAAGUCGAUGAAAAGCGACCAUGUUUCGGAGAGCAAGUCCAAGAAUGAUGAGUAA